GUCGCCAUGGUGACAGUCGGACUCCAUACUAGAUGCUAAUAGUUGCUGCGCUUUAGCCAUGAGCAGCAAUGACAUUUGUCUUCUUCUUGGAGCUACUGGUGUCGGAAAAACGUUGUUGUUGAAACGGCUACAGAAUAUCCUUUGUACAAAGAAAGCUGGAUUGAAUUAGAACUUUAAAAAGUGAGCAAUUGUGGCGAAAUUAGUUUGGCUAGCAUGCUAACUGCGUCGGACGAGCACAUAUAGCUGUAAUAACUGUUAGCGAUUGAGUUGCACUUCAUUUUAAUAGCCCCGUCAGUGGAGUUAUUCUUGUUCUGUUUUCUACUCGUAUCUCCUCCAGCUGUUACUCUCACAGUUAUUUUACUUAACAGAUUAUGUUUAAACUCAAAUUUGUAUGGAUUAGGUGAACUGGGGACUCCUCCCUCCACUCUGCCUACAGUAAGCAAUGAAGAUGUGGUUCAACUUUAGGCUCAGUCCUACCGAGAGAGUCGAUCUCUAUAAUGCUUCUGGUUUCUUUUAAACUCCACAGGUCGGGACCAACCUGAUCGACUUGACUCUGAAGAAAAAGAAGGUGACAUUAAGAGAGCUCGGGGGCUGCAUGGGUCCUAUAUGGCCACGCUACUACAAAGACUGCUCCUCUGUGAUUGUAUGUUAUUUCUAUACACAUGUAAUUGCAAUAGCUGAAAGGGUAUAAAAAACUUUUAAUUGUCCUGUUAAAUAUAUUUUAUCUUCCACAGUUUAUGGUGGACUCAUCCAACAUUACUCAGAUAUCUUCCUCCUGCAUACAGCUGCUUUCAGUGCUCUCUGCUGACCCUCUGUGCAGAGCUCCUGUGCUUAUUCUCUUCAAUAAAAGGUGACUCUGAGCAUAUACAAAUCCCAUUUUAAUUUUGUUCUCCUACAUUUUGUCUUCAUAUGCAAUUUUAACAUUUCACAGAUCUGUUAUAAAUCUGUCUCUUGUAAGAUGCCGCUCUAAAUGUCCUGUUUCUUUCUUUUCUUGUCCUUUCCUUUGCAGGGACAUGCCUUGCACUAUGAGCCUAACAGAAUUAAAGUCCCUCUUCAGAAUGGAUGACAUCAUUGCAUCUGCUUCUCAGCCAAUCACAACACUAGAACUCAGUGUUUGCACCGGGCAGGGACUCCAGGAGGUGCUGACUUGGUUGGAGAACAUUGCGGUGAAGUGAACAAUCUCGUGUUUGAAUCUUAUUAAGUUGUGCUACCCUCACAGGACACUAGAUGACAACCUCAAGUUCUUCAAGAGCUGUCUGUAUCCACACAGUCUUCUCUGAGACUGAAUGUUGUGUUGCAUUCACUGAAAAAAGGCAAAUCAUGUAAAAUGACGCACAGUAAAUGCCAAAUCUUUGGUACCCUGUUCAGAACAAGUGGUGACUGUUGCCAAGGGUGACUUGAGGAGGAGAUACAAGUAUCUACUGAGAGACCAGCUGGUGGAACAAUUGAUUGGCCACUGUGUGAUGUGUUAAUUCAGCUUGAGUUUGUGAUCAACAUUCUGUUAUUCUGACCAUUUUUACACAAUUAACUCCUGACACAAACAGUGACCUGGAUUUGUGGUUGUAAUGUGAUCAUAAUGUGAAUUUGUGUCUCUUUUUUAUAUUGAAUGAAAACUUUGAUACUUUAAGUUAUGUCUCAAUGUAUUGUAUAAUAAAUCACGCACUUACUUUAGUUUUAAUAACAA